CGAAAGGCAGAUAGAUGGAGGACAGGAGGAGCUAUACAUACGUAUAAUACCAUUCAAUACUAAAACACGCUGGUUGUAGAAAGUUACCAAUACGUGAUUUGAAGGCUUUAGGCCUUGAAGCAGAUCGCUGAGCUAGCUAGGUAGCUCCCCCGUCCCACCGCCGGCGGCCACCCGGCCCCGGCGUCCACCAGCCCCGGCCGUCGGGCUCCCCGGCGCCCGCCACAAGUCGCAGGUUGCGGAGGCGCCGUCUCCCGACCGCCAUGGACCGUUCCCGUCUCUCUUGGGCUUUGCAAGUUCAGGCCGAGGAUCCCAUAUCGGGGGCAGCGGCCACCUUUCAACUGCCCCCUCUCGCCGCCGCCGCGCAGGCCUCCCUUGUGCUGCGCGCAAGCUCCUUGGACCCUGAGGCUGCACCUUUCGCCGGAUCUCCGCUUCGUCCCGGGGGAUGCUUUGCCUCACCGACUCUGAGGCAUCCCUCUCAAGCCUGGACGACUCGCCAGCCUUGGGUCGAGGUCCGACGGCCCCGCGCCCCCGUGGUCAGCGUCGGCGCCGCCGUCGCCGUGCACGCAGGGGGGGGUGCCGCGGGGGUCCCGCACCGCCUACAGCACUCGCCGUCGAGCCCAGCGCCUCGCCUUGCAUCCAUCGUCGUUCACCCAGCGCGCAUGUCGGUUCAGCCUGACGCGGAUGGAUUCCGGGCUGUCCAGAGUCGACGUCGUUGGCGGCGCGCGCCGGCGGCCAGCCGGCCGGUGCCGGCGAUCUUAGUCGGUAAGUGUUUCAACUGUUUAUCCGAGAACCACGUCUGGGCUAACUGUCCAGGUCCGGCGCGCUGCUUCAAUUGUCUCGAAGCCGGUCACCAGUCGCGUGACUGUCCGCUUCCGCCGAGGUCCGGGGUCCGCGGUGGGAAGCGGGGCCGUUCGCCGGGAAGCCUUUACCGCCGUGGAGACCCGCGUAGGCGUCGCUCUUCCACACGGAGGCCUCCCGCGCCACCGGCGACGUCCGACACGGCCUCCGCGCGUUCGGUCUCCACUAGCAGGUCCCCCUCUGUUCCGCCGGGGUGCGGCCCUCCUACCCCGGUCGUCGUUGCGGCGCGGCCGUCGACGCCCGACACAGCCUCCGCGUGUUCGGCCUCCACCGGCAGGUCACCCUCUGUUCCGCCGGGAUGCGGCCCUCCCACCCCGGUUGUCGCUGUGGGGCUGGACGAACCACCGGCCGAUGAGCCGGCCGGCGCCGCUCGGCGCGGCUCGGGUACCCAAGUCGGUGGCCAAGCCGGGGCUUCAACCGGCGGCGGAGCUGGCCGCGCUUCCUGGCCGUGUCCAGGGGCUCUCGCGAGCCCUCCUACGUCGUGCUGCGCAGCAUCCAGCUUCCCCGAGAGCAAGAGCACGAAACCCGCUGCUUGAGAUGGUCGUCAUGCCGCGCACGCCAGCCAUCCAGGCGGCGGAGGACGCCUUGUCACUCGCUCUACUCGCCAUGGUGGUCGGGACGCGACCGCCCGUCACUCCUGCCAUGAUGCUGGAGCACCUGCACGCGUCCUAUGGUCUCAAUGAGGAUGUCAUCUCUGUGCGGAGGACCCAGCCCGACGACUUCAUUGUCCGCUUCUCCAGGCAGGCGGACCUUGACAGGGUGCUCAGUUCACCGGAGCCGCGUGGUACGCCGUUUACCUUGCGCUGGCGCCGGUGGAAUCGUCUCAUUUCAGGUUCUGCUGGGGCCUUCCGCUUCCGGGUGCUUGUCGGAAUGAAAGGUAUCCCGUCGCACGCGCGAUCGGAGGAGGUCGCGCAGGUGCUGCUGGGAUCAUCGGGCGUGAAGGUGGAGAUCGCCAACCCGGACGCCGUCAGUGAUCCGGACGAUGAGAGGAACUCUUCGUUGCUGCCUGGUGCGCCCACCCCGACCUUAUUCCCGACGAGAAGAUUCUUGCCAUCCCGGAGCCGGAGGAGGCGCACGACGGCGGACCUCCACUAUUCCUUCGACCAUGGGAGAUCAUCCAUUCAGAGGUACCUGCCCUAAGGUACUUUGUGCGUCUGCACAUCGUCGAGUUCCAGGACUGGAACACCCCUCCGCCCUCCGACGACGACGACGACGGCGACCUCCAUGGCGGAGGCGGUUGUGACUCCGACGGCGGCGACAGCAACAGCAACGGCUACUGGCCGGGUCUCGCCGGCGCUGGUGGCGGCGGCACGCGGCCGCGCACGACGCGCUUCGGCAGGCCGAGCGAUCCGACGCUCGGCCGCGGAUCGGGUCCCGGAUUCCUGCCACGUCAGCAUGGGAGCGGCAUCUUGGUGGGCCAACUCCUCUGCCCUGUCGCAUCGACGUGUCCCAUCAACAACUGCCCCCCUAGCAGUGGCAGGAAUUCAGGACAGGCGGAGUCACGGAGCUCCCCCAUCGACAGCGUUGACAUCUGCCGCUCACCCUCUCCUGUCAUAUCGACAUCGGCAGACCCGAUGUGGUCAGAGGCGUGUUUGAUCGUGCCUAAAGCUGCACCGCCACCCGUCGCAGUGGCCCAAUCUGUCGACCGCGACCCGCGGCGCUUCUGCUGCUCGGGCACCGCGCCGAGUGGGACCGCUGCUUGGUCCCCGGAGGAAGAUUUCAUGUCUUUGUUGGGCCGAAAGCUCAGCUUCGAAUCUGCACCUGAUGGGCCUGCGUUCUUAUACAAGUCCAGCAUAGUAAAUGUGGCAGCCCAAGAAAACACGAUGUUGUUGACAGAACUCAACAUAGGGGGGCACCUGGAGGCCCCUAGCAAGAGACAAUUGUCGCCAACAAACUCACGGCCCACGUUCAACGUCACUGAAGACAACUCUUCUCGUGCGCCGGAGACCACAUCGUCCUGCCCCCUGUCGACACAUGUGGGGAAUUUCGUCGACUCCUUACGGGUGCCUCUGCAGGCUCCCGUGCUGUCAUCCACUCCGCCACGACGUAUCACCAAAGCGGCGGACAAAGCGGACGACGAUGGCUGGAUACCCAAGCGAAGCGCACGACUGGCGGCCAAAAGCAAGUUCCGUGCCGCCAAGCCGGAAGCUCAAGCUAGGCACGUCAUGAUGAAGAAGCUUGGCCUCGAGGUACAAACCGAGGUCCCAGACGAACCCUCCUUCGAUGAAUUUCAUGCUGCCCUGAAGUUCCCGCUAAACUCAUCGACAAAGGAAGCAAUGCAGGUUCUGUUCCAUGGCAGGAAGCAGCUGGCACUUGGUGCCGUUAGCGCCGCCUAGUGUACUUCUCGGCCUUGCGUCAGUCGCGAUCAUUGUAAUCCAUGUUAAGUUCAAACAUUAUGAUCUGGAACCCGAGGGGUCUCAACAUGCGAGCACGAAGGUCGGUCGUCCGCGAGUUCCUCUUACAGGAACGCGCUACCGUGCUCUACCUGGUUGAGACCAAACUGGAUGUACUCACUGCUUCUAUGGCCUCUGAAUUAAUGGGAUUGGCCUUUGAUUA